CGAAGAGUGCCGAGAACAUGCAAUUCAGCCAUGUCGUUCGAUUCUGAGGAGAAACAUAAGGCCGCUCUUUCCUUGAUAUCCUGGCGCUCUUGUCUCUGAGCCAGUCAUGGUUGCAAGCGAGCGAGGAUCCCUCGAGGCCCCAUUGCUCUCCGAUCCGGCUGCACAAUAUUCUAACGCCACAGCUACCCCUCCAUCGCCGCCUUCUUCUGUCACAGAGCUACUGGAAAACGCAGAGCAUGGCGUACCUUGGGCACUCCGAAAGCGCCUCUACGUCUCGCACUUCCUCUCAACAUGGAACUCCCGCGUCUUCGAAUUCGGCGCCGUCCUCUACCUCGCGUCCAUCUACCCAGGGACCCUCCUUCCCAUGUCCGUUUAUGCGCUCAGUCGCCAGGUCUCCACGAUUCUCUUCUCGCCCUUUAUCGGCAGAUAUAUCGAUCGCAACAACCGGCUCAAGGUGGUAAGAAUGUCCAUCGUUCUGCAACGAAUCACCGUCACGGUUUCUUGCGUGGUCUUCUUCCUUCUGUCUACCGGAUGGGGCAGGGAGAUGGAUCUUCAGUAUGCUUCGCUGGCCGUUCUGGCUGCGCUUGCCUGCAUCGAGAAGCUCUGCGCGGUCAUGAACAUGGUAUCCGUCGAGCGAGACUGGGUCGUGGUGAUAGCGGGAGAGAAUGAAGGGGCUCUCCGGGUGCUGAAUGCGCAAAUGCGCCGCAUCGACCUCAUCUGCAAGCUCGCCGGGCCCUUCCUCAUCUCGAUCCUGGACGGCGUAUCGACCGAGAUUGCCAUUCUCGUCAACCUGGGCAUGAAUCUCGCCUCCGUCCUCGUCGAAUACUUCGCAAUCGCCCGGGUCUACAAGAGCGUCCCAGCCCUCCAGCAGCCCAAAAUACCUCCCCCGACGAGUCCGACGUCCGACAACUCCCCAAGCGGACCAAGCCCACGCCGCACCUCCUACUGCCCCGUCCCCGCCCUCCGCGCCCUCGCCUCCGCCCUCCGCGCCCUCGCCUCCGCCCUCCGCGCCCUCGCCUCCGACCUCCGCACCUACUUCACCCACCGCGCCGUGCUCCCCUCCUUCGCCGGCGCCCUCCUCUACCUCACCGUCCUCUCCUUCUCCGCCCAGAUGGUCACCUACCUCCUCGCCGCCGGCCUCUCCCCCCUCCACAUCGCCGCCGCGCGCACCGUCUCCGUCGCCUGCGAGCUCUCCGCCACCUGGCUCGCGCCCCUCGUCAUGCGCCGCAUCGGGCCCGUCCGCACCGGCAUCUGGUUCGUGUCGUGGCAGUGCGUGUGUCUGGCCGCGGGGACGAGCGCGUUCUGGUCCUUGCGGGCGACGAACGCGCGGCUGGGCGCGGCGGCGCUGGUGGCGGGGUCGAUCAUCAGCCGCGUGGGCCUGUGGGGGUACGACCUCUCCGCGCAGGUCAUCAUCCAGGAGGAGGUCGAGGCGGAGCACCGCGGCACGUUCGCCACCGUGGAGGCGUCGUGGCAGAGCGCGUUCGAGCUGUGCGCGUAUGGGUCGACGGUCGUGUUCUCGCGGCCGGAGCAAUUCAGGUGGCCGGCGCUGAUGAGCUGCGCGGCGGUAUUUAGCGCGGGCGGGCUAUACGCCCUGUUCGUGCGGAAGAGGCGGGGCCACUUGCUGCAUCUCUCGAAAUGCAUCGAACAUCGCUCGGCGAAGAGGAGGAAUGAGCGGGAAGGUUACGAGCGGCUUGUGCAGUCUCCCGAAUUCUAGCUGGGCACUCGUUGACUUUACCUGCCAUCUCGCGGACCGGGAAUGUUCACUCAAUUUCUCUCAAGUAAGAUUCCGUUUAUUGUACAAAUAUCGUGUAUGUUGCUCUACUUCUUCGCCGGCCCAUCCACCGCCUUCUCAACCUGCCCAGCAAUGCCCUCCUUCGAUGCAUCGAACUGGCUGCCAAUGGCACCGUCAGAAGAGAACGGUCCGCCAAUCUUCUCUCCAAUCUGGCCGAUGCUGCCGUCCGCUGGAGGGGUGUGAGUCGUAUGUCACAUGCGAAGAAAGUGAGGAUGGGAGGUGGGCUGGUGAGAAGGGGG